AGCAUAUCUAGCCUGGUAUAUCCUUGACUCCACAAGCCGCCUCGUACACUACUAUGUCAAUCUUUAGUGGUAGCCCACACCGCAACCUACCAAACCCAAUCCACUGGCGUCAUCUUUCCGGUGGUGUCACCUUCUGCCAAGCACCUCAGACAUUGCCUACCUGGUCUUACCAAAGGCCCGACAACGAACCAUGCUCAAUCCUACCGGCACCCACGGGUCAAGUCAGCACCUCAUACUCAAUCGACUCAGCACCGACUAGCGACACCGCGCUUGCAACGCAUAUCGUACCCGGAGUCACGGUACAAACUCGACCUCGCGCAGUCUCGGCGAAGCCGCCGCACCUUCCUUUCUCAACCAGUAGGUACACAACCCUUUCUAGCGCGAAACUCGACUGCGCACGUUGCGCCGCCCUACAGACCCUAAUUGCUAAGCGCGGUUGGUGCGGAACAUCAUCUCUUGACACGCGGCUGCACCAUUCUAGAAUCGUACUUCAUGGUACGACAGAAUGCGAGGUAGUCAAUGACUUGUGAGCCUUACUACAUUGGUAGGUUAGAUCCCACUUCCUGUGGGGCAACUGAUCGUAGUGUACAGUUUGCACAGAUCGAUGUACAAUUCCGACAAACCGACCAUUCACACUUAUCUAGGCUGAUUCACUAGCGAGGUCUUUCUUUCAUGAUAUUGGUUGAUUGGUGGGCUGUGAU